AUGUCGCUGUGCGAUCACGUCUCUUGGGUAGGGUUCGUAGAGGGAGAGGCUGGACCUCACCUGUCAUACGACUGGCGUCUUGCUCGUGUUAUCGGAGAGCUUCACAAACCUUAUGAGCAGUAUCCUCACGUGAUCUUCUUCAUGGGAACGAAGCAUAAAGAUGCGGCUCUGCGGCAGCUUUGCAAGGGAAAUUACCGCCGCACCAAUAACCGAGGCGCCAUCAACCUUCGGGCAGACAGUAAUUCCCUAGGAUCCACAUAUCCCCGUCUGUAUGCCGAUUGCGACCCUGGCCGAUGUACGCUCCAUCCCGCUUUUAACACCCCACAGACCUGUCACCGUCAAGAAAUUUUCCCGGUCAGAUGGCCGACGUCACCCACAGAGCCUUACGAUCUUGUCAUUGCACGCCUCCUCUUUCUGUUUACCGAUGUCAUCUGCAUCUUCGCGGAGGAUGUAGGCGGCUUGGAGGCGACGAGAACCCUCUUGCUGAAAUGGGCAGCCAUCGGAUCGGCGUCAACACUACCUCCACGUGUCCGUCCUCGGAUUAUCGUUGUCACCGGAGGGGAAAGGAGUAAGAGCAUGACUGAGCUGAUGCUGGCUGAAGAUGACUUUUUGUUCCAGAUGUUUGACUUCGGCAGUGCUCCCCUCUUCUCGUCCUUUUCAAACAUCGGCAUUUCACGUCUGCCAUCCAUGGAGCUCUCAGCCGACGCCCGCUACCUGCAAUUGUGGGCGGACAUCAACACGGAACUGAGGGAGACUCGGCAGGCUCGGCUCACCGACCGCGCACGGUUUUCGGCAGUGCACCUUAACGCAUUUUUUGAAGAUGCGUUGCUGCGGCAUUUCACGACUGAUGCUCUGGCUCCGUUUAGUUUCAUUCUUUGGUCAAGGCGGAGCAAUCCGAUCAGCGGUUCGUUGGUCUCACACCUUUCCAACUUUUUUACGGAAGGGUGUCGGAUACAUGCACCCUAUGACGCCCUGGCAUCGUACGUAGCCUCAGCAAUUCUAAUGGAUGCGUACCCACCCUCCAUGCAUGUAUUUUGUCCGCGCUUUGUCUUUAAGACCUUGUACCGAACGGCUGUUCAUCGUGCACUAAGUGCAGCAUAUUCCGACACAUUUGCGGAACGGCAAUGCCAGAACAUCGAGGAUCACAUGUCCUUGUUGUUUGAUUCCAUGGUAUCUAACGCUCAGCCAUCAGCUCGGAUCCAUCGAUACAAUCUGAAGCACGAUAAGAGAUUGUGGCGACAGUUGGAAUCGAGCUCCUGUUCCACCUGCUUUGGAUGCCUACGGCGGUCCAGCCAACAUCCUAUGCCAUCAUGCGGACAUUUAAUUUGCGACACGUGCGUGGAGAUAGACUGGGCCGGUGUCAUUGGCGCGGAGAGCGAGUAUAUCGGGCGGGAAUGCCCUGUCUGUGCGGAGCCCACUGCUAUGAAGGUAAAGGUCAAACCACGAACCGCCGGUGCGCGUCUCAUCAGCAUUGACGGGGGGGGUACGUGUGGCAUGAUCCCCAUCCAGAUUUUAUCGUCGAUGCAAAUGCUUCUAGGUCCUGAUCUACCAAUUGAAGAUCUCUUCGAGUUCAACAUUGGAACAAGCUCAGGCGGCCACACCGCAUUGGAUUUGGGCAAGCGCAAACGUAGGAUCGAGGACAUCAAAGAGGACUACCCACAUUUUAUCAAGGAAUUUCUUAAGCAGCAGAAGGACAAAUCUCGUAAUAGGUUCUUCUAUGUGUUCAAGACUAUUGCUUGGGACGGUUUGUAUGAUGCCGAGUCACUAGAAAAUAUCCACAGGGCGUACUUCGGCACAUUGCGGAUGUUUGACGCGUCGUCAACGAUGGUCUCAGGCGCCAAGGUCGCCGUGCCCGCCUGCACGAUUGAGGACGGCACCCCCAAUCUAUUUACCAACUAUAACGCCGAGACGCCUUUGGGGCAUGAUCGUGCUGGUAAACAUCCUUUUGUGUGGCAAGCGGCGCGAGCGACGUCUGCGGCUCCUUUUUUUUUCCCUUCGGUUACGAUCGAUGACGAAAUCGGCAGCUUUAUGGAUGGCGGUAUGCGACCGCAGUACAAUAACCCCGUUAAUCUGGGUUUGUCCGAAAUCAGGCGUCUGUGGCCAUCAAUAAAGAGACCGGACGUCGUGAUCUCCCUCGGGACGGGGACACAAAGAGGCCCUGGAUCCCCAAAGAUGUCGACCUUUCGCAAUAUCUUGACGGAUGGAUGGCUUCUCCGAGGAUGCCGGUCUUACUGGGCGCUGUUUGAUGGCGAGUUGACCUGGUUGGAGCUGGUGAACCGACUCGAUAGGGAAGAGAGAGAGAAGUAUGUUCGGCUCAACGUAUGCUUCCCGGGCCCACGCCCGGCUCUGAACAAUGCCGACUGCAUGGGGGUUUUGUCGCGACUGGUACAGGAACAGGUGGUCCCGCAGAAGAGCAGACAAGCUGUGGUGCUCCUUCUCACUUCCUGCUUCUUCUUCGAGCUGGAUGCUGUCCCACAGUUUCAUUGUGGUCUCUUCCGAUGCGUGGGCUCUAUCCGCUGCCGCGGGCCCGCGAGGACAGUUGUUAGGACACUCUUGUCCCUUCAGUCCGCACCGGAAGAGCGUUUGGAUUUCUACAAAGAUGAGAUAAACUUGGGAUUCAGUCUAUCUGAGGACAAUAUCUGCACAGAUUGUCGGAGGUACUGUCUGCCAGUUCGAUUCUUCGUUCGUCAUUUACAGGAGCUAUUUACACUUAAAAUCCGAUUUGACGGUUGCCAGUACACACUCAGCGGAUUUCCCAACACCUCAGAGUUCUUCACAGAAGAGCAAGGCCUAGAUAGUAGCUUUGGAACUGCCCAUCAUGAUCGCCCCCUAUACAUCCGCUGUGGUCGAUGCGAUAGCAAAGUCAAGGGCAAAAUAGAGGGUGGAAGAAUAUGA